CUUGGUCCUCUAAUCUACUUUUUUUUUCUUUUUGAAAGAGUUGGUUGUACUCUUCUCUUUUGUAUUUGUCUUCUCUGGCCUCGGCGUUCGAUGAUUUUGAAAUGAGCAACGAGAACAUAACGAGCACUGAUUUCUGGGACCCGACAUCUACCUGCGACUCUUGUCUAUCCUGCCGUCUGGAAAUUUCGGUCGAACGGUCAUACGAAGCCCGGCUUGCUUCUUGGUCUCAUAUCACGUACUGUGUACAUGCAAUUGGACAAGGAGACGUGGGCAAAGGAGGUCUCUUGACUGGCUUCAUAGGCUCUCUCUCUACCUGCACCUCACCAUGGAAUAUCUAUCCCCAUAUCUCUAGACGCUUCUUCCCCCAUACUUUUGCUCUACUUUGCAAGCAUGGUGCCCAGGCUUUGCGUCUCCCUUUUUUUUCUUUCUCUCUCACUCUCCUAUGUUUCUUUCUCAUUCUGCUGUUAUUUUUUUGGCCCCUGCGUUGGCGUUGGUAUUGUUACACGAACCAAGCCGACUAUAGAUUUCCUUUCCCUCGGUCUGUGAGAGGAAUCUGUCUUCUCUUGGAACUCAUCUGCUUCUUCAUUUUUGGCCCUUAUUAUUUAUAACCUCGUCCGCAAUGGCUUAAGGGGUGCUUGGCUCAAUAUGUGUUGUGCCCUCCAAUUCUCUCUUCCGCUUCCUCUUUCUUCUAUUCUCCA